CAUCGGUCCGAUUAUAUUGGUUUGAUGAUCUCUCUCGCGGGCUUUUUCACUUCCCUCCCGGUUUUUCAUCGAGCUAAUAAAAUAAAAGAGAUUUUGUGGUGCAUUUAGAGGGAGAGCUACUGUUAGGGAUCGAAAGGUUUUCACACUGCUGAAUCGUAUCAAGAACGCUGUGAAUUGUUUUUUGUGGUGUUUGUGGUGAUCUUAGACAUGAACAUGGGAAUGAUUUCGAAGCAGGACUGAUAAAAAGUGAAGCAGUGAUAAAUUGUUGUAAAGUAAAACGUCUACUGGAACUUAUAAAUAACAGCCUAAUGUGAUGUGUAAUGAAGAUAAGAAGUACUGGGACUGAAGAAAAAAAUCAUGGUGAAAUUAUCACUCGACAAUAUUUUAUAGUGACUCUCAUAUUUAGUCACUGGAGUUGUUUAUAGUUCUCUGCAAGAGCACCACCAAAUUUAUCUAAUGCUUUUGGUAUUUAUGGUGUGUUUAAUGAAAAUCUGGAACAUUUCCAUGAAUAAGGCGCGAAAAUGCGAUACAAAAGAAAAUAAUUUCUUUUGUCACGUGGACUUUCAGAGCGCGAAGAAAGGCAAAAAAUCCGUGCGUGGCAUGUCCGAGCAGACAUACCGUAAAAAGUCACGACUAACCAAUACAUCUCCUCAACAUUGUAAGGCUCCAUUGUCCAGUGUUGCACUGAAUUUGUGCGCCAAGACGGCCUCGUGUGGUGUCUCUGCUUCAGCCGCAAUUGCCACUAAUGCACAGGAUAUUGGCAAUAAUAAUUUCGAGCCAAUCGCCAGCAAGCGAUUGACUGAGGAGCAUCUGAAGACAAACGUCCAGAUUGUGCUGACAAACAUUCAUCGCAACUACAACGCAUUGCGUGGUGUGGCGGUGAAUCCUCAGCUCCUGGACAGCUUGGACUACAAAUUAAUUGAGAAGAUGGCCAGUCCCGAGGCGGAUUACAAUAGUAAUCCACAUUAUGCAGUUAAUCAGCUUCAAUGUUCUGUUGCCUCAUCGCAAGAUUUCACUCACGACAACUCCGAUUAUCAGUGGUUUCUGGAUUAUGGGUAUCGAGAAGGUGUUCCUCAUCAGAGCAUUUUAUCGUCCCUGUCGGCGUCGUACAACGGCAUCGGAGACGUGUCAUACUAUGAAGAUCUGGCGAAGAAUAUCGAUGUGAAUUUGGCUGAAGUGGACAUGGAGAGUUUCCGGGCGGAAGACAUUCACUCCCUCCUCAAUAUACCAUCGCGAAAGAGGCAGGAGAAUGAAUUCGACACGUCAAUCUGCAAGUCUGAGUUGCUCUUUUCGCCCGUGAAGGAGUCCCACAUCAGCGUGGAUUCACUCGAUAUGGAUGGCUAUCCGAAUGAGGACAUCAUACUGACGUGCAAAGCCAACAAGGACAACUACACGAUUGCCUUUGAGGGGAGCAUAGCGUAUUCCGAGGACAGUUACUACGGGGACAUGCGUCACGGUGCGCGUCAUCAGAAAAUUGAUGAGGUGGUGAGGAGGAAGGCGCUGGAGUCCAUGUCACGAUCGGACACGGGUUUCACGACGUGGAGUAAGCUGAAGAAGGCGGCCAGUUCGCAGCUUCAGCGAUAUCCAUCGGGGAAUAAUAACACGUCUGUGACUCACGCGCCCAGGCAUAAUCCUCACUGUAUCCUGCGGAAGAGCUCGAGCAUGCCGAGCUUGCAUCCUGGCCAAGUGAAUCAGCUUAAUGUGAGUCAAGUGAGCAAUUCUGUGGCCACUGGCAGACUACCGAGGGUGAUUUGUCCAAUGUCCACGGAGACAGACAGUGAUAGUCCGGCACCGCUUCAAAGCAGUAGCAAUAAUGAGAAUGUGCCCAACCAGCCGUCGUUCAGCCUGGUGAAGCUGUUCAUCAAGCAGAAGAGCAACUCCACGGACACUUGCAUGGACGUGUCGUCGGGAUGCUGGCCCAGUGACUCUUCCUCGUCUGCCGAGCAGAAUCGCGUGCGCAAGAGGAGCAUGAAUGACUCUGGGAAGUGCUCAGCUCUGAGUCGUCACGACGAGGAGGGCGAUGACGACAGUUGUCAGUACGAUAGUCUCGAUGUGCAGGUGAACAUGGACAAUAAGGCUGCGGGUGGGCGACAACGCUCAAAUGAUCUGUACAAGGAAGUCUUUGAUUCACCAUCACGGCGAAGCUACAAGGAGUGCAAUCUCAAUAUUAGAACCCAACCCAAACAUCCGGCGGUGUUUAAUCUCAACAAUAACAAUUCUCUGGAGGCGAAUAAGAGUCUGACGGACACGAGUCGUACCAGUGAGAACUUGACUCAGGUGUACAAGACAAAGGUGUCCUUGGACAUGAUCACGAGGUCCAUGCAGACGUCCUUCCCAAUGGCACCGACCAAGGAGCGCGUGAAAGUCGUGCCACCGUCCUUCCUGGCGCAGCUCAACAGGCACGAGAAGAAGACGGCGCCCGUGUAUGUGAUCUAUCCCAACUAUACGCUGCCAAAUUUGGACUUCUUGGAGAUGCAGAAUGAGGUGAUCUUGUCGCCACUGGAGAUGCCUGCCAAAAAGCGGCCGCGGCCGAAGAGUCUGGCUGACAUUGAGAGCAUUGCCACGGGAAAGUACAACCAUAUCGUGGAUUGGAAGUCACUGGUGAUGCUUCUGCCCAAAGAGUACCGGCGAAUGCUGCGCAAUAUCCCAGAAGUGGAGGAUGAUGUGGAUGAAUUUGAUGUGGAUAUGACUUCGCAAAAGCCUCUCUUCUCCAUGACACCUCCUCUCCGGCGAUCCUCUCGGCCGCUGUCUUGCGAUUGUGCCAGCUACGUUCAGGGCACGUGCACCUCCAGCAGUUCUAGUUCGACAAAUCAGCCGCCGAGCUCUGGUUAUCGGGGAUCAUCGACUCUGCUCACAGAUUCUGAGUUGGAGAACAACAAUGACAACAUGAGGAACAUGUACGUUUACCAAUACGAUAGCAACAAGAUUGAGAGUGAUCUGGAUCGUCCGCCGACGGGACGCAAGGGCAUUCUGAGGCGGGGCACUAGUCAACCGAAGCCACGCUACAAGCGCAACAGCAUGAUCGAGGAGGAGCAGAGAGCGCAGGUGGAGAAGAGGCGCUCGCUACAGGAUAUGCCGUACUAUGGCAAUGAAGACUUCCCGGAGGAGUAUGAGAGUGUGGACAAGAGACUACCGUACCGGUCGCGGCCACUCUAUCCGGGCUACAACAACAUCGAUCCCAAUAAUCACCGGCUUCCGCAUCCCAAGCAGUAUUAUGACUGCAAUGCAGUCAAACUCAACAAGACCAACUACAACUACAUGACAGAAUUGAAUGAUCUGGAGCUCAACAGGGCGAUCUCGGGGCGCUUGAGUCAGACGCCGCCGUUCACGUCGCCGCAGAAGGAUGUGGAGAUGGAUGCGAGGACCAGAGCGGAGAAUUUCCUUAGCAAUGUGCCGAAGUCUGAGUUGAAAUACUACGCGGAGAUUGCGAAUAUUCUGGAGUCCAUUGAGAAUGUCACGGAGCCGUACGAUCGACUGAAGCUGAGGAAUGAAGUGAGUCGUGCGUUGGUGCAGAAGAGGGUGUCAUUCAAUCCGCCUGAUGGUGGGAACAAUAACAUCAUCAAUAACAAUUUGCUGGCAAUGCCACAAAUGGCUGGAAAGGCGUUCACGACGCCCCCCAAUUCACCGAACAUCUCAAUGGCGAUGCCCAGGGCGAAGAAUGCGGUGUCGGAGAAGGAGAAGCAGGAGAAAAUCCAGAGCAAUCGUUUCAAAAGACUGCAAAUUCAGUGGGAGCUGCUGAGCAAGGAUAGCCAGGGUCUCAUGAAGGACAUGAAGGAGAAUAAGUUGGAGACAAAGAGUGGCGGAUCAACGCCCACGUCAGCGCCCAAAUCGAGAAUUCCCCGGCCAGUCAGCUAUCCGACAGCCAAGCCUCUGCAGAGUGAGAGUAAGAAUCUUCGAUCGCCGAGCAAGAUUGUUCCACCCCGGAAAUAUACCACGACUAAUACGUCGCCCACAACUCCUGCUGUGACAACAAGAACGACAACUAAACUGCACGGAACACCAAAGAAAACUCCAACUUCAAGGGUAUCAACAAGAACGCGGUAAAGAUGGAGAGAAAAGUAAUUCAUCAGUUCUUAAUCUUAAGAGAUACCAAGUGAAAAUAUAGUAACAAUUAGAUGAAGAAUAAUGCUAGCAAUGUAAUGUGAAAAAAAGAGUUACAAAUGAGACAUAACUAGCUAAUGAUCUACGUUGUUAUAAGAUCACGUAGAAAGAUACACACACAAACACACCCUGAAAUAAUUUUUAAUGCAUAGUAAAUGGGUAAAGAGUUUCUUUCUGCAGCGUUGAACAACAAAGUAAAUACUCGAAGAAUAUUAAUUUCUACAAUGUUUCUUCACCCUAUUUAAAUAUUAUCACUAAUAAUGUAAGUUUAAAUGCGUGUGCUUAUCAAUUUCUUUGAGUUGUGAAGUUAUUUUUCACCUAGAAGAUUGCAAGUGAAAUCCAUAACUGAAAUAAUCAUGUGAACGCUUUUGCUGAGAGGAGUUGAGAAAAGGAGUAUUAAGGACGAGAGAGAGAGAGUGUCAUUGUGAGCGGAAAGAAUAGAGAAAAGUACUUUGUAUCGCUUCCUUUUUAUAUCUAUAUAUUAAUUAUAUAUUGAGAAAUUAUUAAUUAAAUCUUUAUUGGAUUAGUUGAAUGUAUUGAGUUGCAAAGUGAUAUUCUUAGAUAAGGAUGAGAGAGAGAAAGAGAAAACAUUUUAAGAGAUUACCUAAUAAGCUAUCAAAGUCAGAAGCCCUACUUUUAGUGGUAAUAAUGGAAAAUAUCAAUUUUAUGAAAUACCGUUCUUAUUGCUAUAUUGUGAAAAUAUUGAAAGUGGAGAAAAGGAUUGAUAAGCCAGCGAUGGGUGCAUUUUUUGAGUUGAAUAAUCCUUGAUUUCAUUUGAAAACAAUGAAUAUGCCGAAGAAGUGCCAUAUGAAGUAAUUUAUUUUUUGGUAUGAUAUUCAAGCGAAUUUUCGAUGAAAGCAAAAGUUGUAAGAAAUGUAGAGGAAAAACUGUAUUUAAUGACUUUUUUUGGAUACAAGCUACUCUCCCAAAGACGAAAAAUUACAAUAUAAUUGAAUUGCAAUUUUCUGAGAAUACCUCGAUGAAUUUUUUCCUUUGGAUUCUCUGCAUUGUAAAAGAUUUUAUUUAUUGCUUACAUGAGUUUAAUAAAAAAUACUUGUCUAAUUACUAAAAA